GUGGGACCAAAACAUGAACAACAACUUAUCAACAACAACAACAACUACAACAACAACCAUGACGACGACAACAGCGACGACUACGGACAUGAAUUAUAGGAAUCCGAUCACGGAAUCCGAAGAGGACGAAUUGCUUGCCUCCAGCCAGGAGACAAGUAAGAGUACUACCGGACGUACCAACCAAAGUACACCGGUAGAUACAGCAGACAAACCAUCAGACUUAAGGGAGGAGGCGUCCACCUCCAAGGCUGCCAUGAGCACCAACCAAAGUGCACUGGCGGCUAAAGACAGCAGAAAGAAACGAAAAAAAUCCCAGAAUCAGCUGAGGAAAAACCGGUACCAGAGGGCAGUCUUCAUACUAGGGAAGAUAGCCAAAGAUCAGGCAGCCGGUACCCCAGUUGAUGAGGCUGAAACAAAGCGCCUCAAAUCUAUUGUAGAGGAAUAUGAGAGCUACCUGAAAAGGAAGCAAUCACAACCUCAAGAAGAGAGCAAACGAGAGAGCACUUCUCAGAAGAGAAAUCGCUCCACCACAGAAGUACCCGGAGCUCAGCCCAAAAAACUGAGGAGGAGUGAAGGUGAACAUAGCAGCACAACAACGGCAAGGCAUUUCUGCGAUGUAGCCAGGGAUAGCCUGCAGGUGGCCAUAAUAGAUGGGAAAUCCUCCUCUCCGAGCACUAUUCAGGAGAGAUGGGUGGAGAUAGAUGUCAGAUUGUCGAGUAUGGUGCUAAGCUAUGUACUCGACAAUCCUGCGGGUCCCCACCCGGAGUUUGACUCCUCUGAGACCCUCAGGGGCUACAGGGUCAUCAAGUGCGCGGACCAGGCCUCGCUGGAUUUUCUGACGGGUAGUGUUGCUAAAAUUAGCAACGCCUUUGUAGGCCUCCAAUUGAGGCUUAUACCCGCCAGGGAUAUUCCAAAGAGGCCUCGGGCUCGCAUUUGGUUACCCCCACUAGAGGAGCCAGGCGAAAAACUCCUGAGGUGCAUUAAGCUGCAAAACAAAUCUAUACCUGGUAUAGAUGAGUGGCAGCUUAUAAAGGAGGAAAACCCGAACAAAUCAAGCAAGCCAAUACUAGUGGCCAUUUGUGAUGAGUCCAUUGAGGCUCUGAAGAAGACUGACAACAAAAUCAGCUUCGGAAUACGUAAGGCAAGAAUAAAAAUCUUCCAAGGCGACAAAGCGGCUGACGAAGACGACACGGAAGAGGUCGACGACGCCAGCCAGUUGCUAAGGAAUGUGGGCAUUGAAGAACCCCGAGAUGCCCAAUAACAACAGCAUAAGAUGCGUACAGAUUAACCUGCAGCACUCGAAGAGUGCUACAGCGAAUCUGACAACCCUCGUGAACGAGGGGGGCAUCGACAUCAGCCUAAUACAGGAGCCCUGGGUCAAUGAAGACUCCAUAAAAGGACUAAACAGCAGCAAUUAUAACCUGUUUUACACGCGGAACAGAGCACAGCAGAUAUCACAGUGGUGAAGGUGGAACAGAAGGAAAAGCCCUUCUUCUUGGUCUCGGCCUACUUGGCCCAUGACGAAGAUAUACCACCGGCCCCGCUCACCAAGCUAGUAGAGGAGAACAAGAAGGAUGAUGUCCUAAUAGGGUGUGAUGCAAAUGCAAGGCACACCGUAUGGGGUAGCUCCAGUAUAAACACCAGAGGUGAGUCACUCUUGCAGUAUAUUUUGAACAGUAAGCUAAGUAUUUGCAACAAGGGAGAUAAGCCAACCUUUAUUUUCCCAAGCUCGGAUAGGUUCCCGGGGUGGGAGGAAGUUCUAGACCUCACGCUAUCAACAGACACAGACAGUCUCGUUGUGGAUAACUGGAGGGUGUCCAAUGAGCCUUCCAUGUCGGAUCACUCCUGGAUACUCUUCAGCAUCCGCGAGAGGUACAGUCCGCCUCUCACAUACCGGAACCCUAGAAGAACGGAAUGGGGAAAAUUUACCAGUAUAGCAACUAAAUGCCUCGAAAAGGGAGGCAAUAAUAAUAUCAGAAAUACAGAGGAACUAGAUUCAGAAGUAGAGAAGUUGGAAAAAAUCCUAAUCACAACUUUUAAUAAAUCUACUCCGCUAACAGUUUUGAAAAAGAGAAAGUCUCUUCCUUGGUGGAACAGUGAACUCAAGAAUUUGAGAACACAACUAAGGAAAGCUUUCAAUGAGAGUUUUAGAACUAAAAUAUGGCAGCCAUAUAAAGACCUUAUGAAGGAAUACAAAAAAGCAGUCAGGAAAGCUAAAAAUGACUCAUGGCGAGCUUUCUGCACAUCGAUUGAAAGUUGCAGAGAAGCCGCUAGGCUGAGUAAAAUGCUAUCCAAAGACCAUAUUAAUACUGCCUACAUUAGGGCGGAGGGAAGUGAUUGGACCUCCUCGGCAAAAGAGUCUCUGGAGGUACUAAUCAAAACACACUUCCCCGGGAGUCAGCAAACACCUCCAACGAGGGUUCAACCGGAACCACCGGUGAACGCAGCUGACUAUCGAAGCCAAAUAAUAGACAAAAGAAAAAUCAAAUAUGCCAUAAAUAGUUUUGCACCAUUUAAAGCGGCAGGUCCUGACGGGAUUAUGCCCAUAAUGCUGCAGAAACUGGUAGAACCAAUGGUUCUAAGGCUUGAAAAUAUAUACAAAGCAAGCAUUCAACUAUCUUACAUCCCAAGAAGUUGGAAAAGGAGUAAAGUUGUGUUUCUUCCGAAACCAGGCAGAAGAACGCACGAGAACGCCAAGGA